CCCAGCGUGCGGUGGUGGCCGCAGUCGCUGAGGGCGGGGUUGCUGCGCCCUAGUAGAUAGCGCCGUGGUUCGCCGCUGCCAGCCUGCCCUGCCUUCUGCCUCUUCUUCACGUGGGGGGAAUUGUCGGCCGCGGGAACCGCCUGGGUUCCUCCGGGUAGGUCCUGCCCGCAGGUCUCGGGCAGCGUUUGGUAAUAAAAUGAGCGAAGUAAUGCAAACUGAUGAGAAAACAAUUUGUGUUCUCCUUAGAGUGAGUGGCACAUCACAAAUUCAGUAUCCUUUUGAAAGACACUGCUACAUUUACUGGUGCAAUCAAGACUCAGCCUUUGGUAGUAUAGAUCAUCAGUAGAAAAACUUCCUGAAAGAAGAAAUUGUUCGAGAGAAAUUUGAAGGCAGCAAAAUAGAAGACAGAGAAUUGACAACAGAUGCAGAGGAUAGCGUGGAAAUUUUACUUCAUUCAUUUGUUUAACAAAUUUAUUCAGCAAAACUUUGUUGAACACCUGUUCUUGCUAGGUAUUAUCCUAGGCAACAGAACCACAGCAGUGAACAAAACAGACAAAAAUCUCCUGCCCAUGUACAACUACAGCUGAUGAUGUCUUCCAGUUUCAAUAUAUUUAGAGUUGGCAUCUCUUUUGUCAUGAUGUGCAUUUUUUAUAAGUCAGCAGUAGACUCUCUAUCAGAACUGAGUCCUCAGAAAUAUUUCAGUACAUUGCAACCAGGAAAAGCCUCCUUAGCUUAUUUUUGUCAAGCUGAUUCUCCAAGAACCUCUGUAUUUCUUGAAGAACUGAAUGAGGCUGUUAAACCUCUCCAGGACUAUGGAAUUUCAGUUGCAAAGGUUAAUUGUGUCAAAGAAGAAACAUCAAGAUACUGUGGAAAAGAGAAAGAUUUGGUGAAAGCAUAUUUAUUCAGGGGCAACAUCUUACUCAGAGAAUUCCCUACUGAUACCUUGUUCGAUGUGAAUGCCAUCGUUGCUCAUGUUCUCUUUGCUCUUCUUUUUAAUGAAGUAAAAUAUAUUACCACUCUGGAAGACCUUCAGAACAUAGAAAAUGCUCUGAAAGGAAAAGCCAACAUUGCAUUCUCCUAUGUAAGAGCCAUUGGAACGCCAGAGCACAGAGCAGUCAUGGAAGCUGCUUUUGUGUAUGGGACUACGUACCAGUUUGUCCUAACCACGGAAACUGCCCUUUUGGAAAGUAUUGGCACUGAGGAUAUCAAAAAUGCACAUCUCUACUUUUUUCAUUGUAAACAAGUCUUGGAUUUGACUGAGCAAUGUAGAAGAACACUGAUGGAACCACCACUGACUACACUGAAUAUUCAUCGAUUUAUUAAGACAAUGGAAGCACCCCUGCUGACUGAAGUUGCUGAAGACCCUCAACAGGUUUCAACUGUUCAUCUCCAACUAGGAUUACCACUGGUUUUUAUUGUUAGUCAGCAAGCGACGUAUGAAGCUGAUAGAAGGACUGCAGAAUGGGUUGCUUGGCGUCUUCUGGGGAAAGCAGGAGUUCUACUCUUGUUAAGGGACUCUUUGGAAGUGGACAUCCCUCAGCAUGCUAAUGUGGUCUUCAGAAGAGCAGAAGAGGGAGUGCCAGUGGAAUUUUUGGUCUUACAUGAUGUUGAUUUAAUUAUAUCCUGUGUGGAAAGUAAUAUGCACAUUGAAGAAAUACAAGAAGACGAAGAUGACAUGGAAAGUCCAGAUAUGGAUAUUCAAGAUGAUGAAGUGGCAGAAACUGUUUACAGAGAUAGGAAGAGACGGUUACCUUUGGAACUCACGGUAGAACUAACAGAAGAGACGUUUAAUGCGACAGUAGUGGCUUCUGAUAGCAUAGUGCUUUUCUAUGCUGGUUGGCAAGCAGUAUCCAUGGCAUUUCUGCAAUCCUAUAUAGAUUUGGCAAUUAAAUUGAAAGGCACAUCCAAUAUGCUGCUUACUAGAGUGAACUGUGCAGAUUGGUCUGAUUUAUGUACUAAGCAAAACGUUACUGAAUUUCCUGUUGUAAAGAUGUAUAAGGAAGGCAAGAGCCCAGUGUCUUACCCUGGAAUGUUAGGAACGGAAGAUCUCCUAAAAUUUAUCCAGCUCAACAGGAUUUCAUGCCCAGUGAACAUAACAUCUGUCCAAGAAGCAGAAGAAUAUUUAAGUGGGGAAUUAUAUAAAGACCUGAUCUCCUACUCUAGUGUGUCGGUGCUAGGACUAUUUAGCCCAAACAUGACAACAGCAAAAGAAGAUUUCGCUGAAGCAGGAAACUACCUAAAAGGAUGUGUUAUCACUGGAAUUUAUUCUGAAGAUGAUGUUUUGAUACUGUCAAAUAAAUACGCUGCAACCCUUCCCGCCCUGCUGCUGGCCAGACACAAAGAAGGCAAAAUAGAGAGCAUUCCAUUAGCUAACUCCCCUGCACAAGACAUAGUUCAAAUAAUAACAGAUGCAUUACUGGAAACAUUUCCAGAAAUCACUGUGGAAAAUCUUCCCAUUUAUUUAAGACUUCAGAAACCAUUACUUAUUUUAUUCAGUGAUGGCAGCAUAAAUCCUCAGUAUAAAAAAGCAAUAUUGACGCUGGUAAAUGAGAAACACUUGGAUUCACUUACCCCUUGCUGGUUAAAUCUAAAGAAUACUCCUGUUGGAAGAGGAGUCUUGCAGGCAUAUUUUGAUGCUCUGCCUCCCCUUCCUCUUCUUGUUGUAGUCAAUCUGCAUUCAGGUGGCCACGUAUUUGCAUUUCCUUCGGACCAGGCUAUCACUGAACAAAACCUUUUAUUGUGGCUGAAGAAACUGGAAGCAGGACUUGAGAGUCACAUCACAAUUUUACCUGCUCAGGAAUGGAAACCUCCUCUUCCUGCUUAUGAUUUUCUAAGUAUGAUGGAUGCUGCCGCAUCUCAACAUCCCACAAGGAAAGAUCCUGAGUGUACAAAAGAAACAGAUGCACAGGAGAAUGAUAAAAAACAUGAAGAUAAAUCAGCAUUCAGAAAAGAACCAAUUGAAACACUGAGAAUAAAGCAUUGGAAUAGAAGUAAUUUGUUUAAAGGAGAAAAAUCAUUUAAGCAUGAUAAUAAAGAGUUAUGAUGCUCUAAAGAGUUAUGAGCUGGUUUCAUAGGGCUGUGGAGAGCUUUACAAAGUCUUUUUAGUUUAUUUGAUAGAUUGAAGAAUUUAUUAAAAAAUAAUAUUAAAUCAUUUCAAGUUUCUAGACCAGUUUUGUCCGAUGGAAAUAUAAUGUGAGUCAUAUAUGUAACUUAGAAUUUUCUAGUAGCACAUUUAAAAAAAUGAAAAUGAGCAGGUGAAAUUAAUUUUAAUCUUUCACCCAGUAAGUAUACCAAAAUAGCUCAGUUAACAUAAAAAUUAUAAUGAGAUAUUUUACAUCCUUUUUUUCUAUCAAGUCUUCAAAAUCCAGUGCAUAUUUUACCCUUACUGUACAUUUCACUCCAGAGUAGCCACACAUGGCUAGUGACUGCUGUAGUGGAUAGCUCAGCUCUAGACAAAAACUGGUGUACUUAAUUUAACUUAGUUCUAACCAUGAAUUAGAAUAAAAAUGCAACUCUAGUUUAAUCACAGUCAGUUCCACAAUGGUAUCACACAGCUGGAAAUUGUAUUUGUUUUGUUGUAGACAUGAUGUUAAAACCAGUGUUUUUAAACCAGGGAGCAGUUUUGCCUCCCAGGGGACAUCUGGCAAUGUCAAGAGACAUUUUUGCUUGUCAUGACUAGGGUUGUUACUGGCAUCUAGUUGGUAGAGGCCAGGAAUGCUGCUAAACACCCUAUCAUGCAUUGGACAGCCCCUCAUGGCGAAGAACUAUCCUGCCCCAAUGUCACUAGCACCAAAGUUGAGUAACCCUGUGUUAAACUAACCUGUGGUAAAAUGUUCUUGUUUUGCUCAGUUAUGUCUGAAAAAAUCUCGAAUAUUAGAGAUAAAUAUUAGGUGGUCUUAUCCUGAUUAUUAUCUGGACACAACCAUGUCUUUUAUUAUAAAUUCAUUUUUAUAGUAUUUUUAAAAGGUGAUGAGAUAACUCUAAAAAGGACUCAGAAUUUUAUAUAUAUAUAUAUAGUUAUAUAUGAUAAUAUAUAUCAUUUAAUUAUAAUUUAAUAUAAAUUAUAAAUUUAUGUAAUUAUAUAUAACUGUAUAUAAUUGGUGUGUGUGUGUGUAUAAAGGUAUAUGAGAUAAAGAUAUAUAUGUGUAAAGGUAUAUAAGAAAAUCUUAAAACCUGCUCUUAAUUCUAUAAGUUAUAUUGCUAAAUUGAAGAGGACUUAGACAUUCUGCUAUCCUCUUCACAAAAAGAGAGGCUCCCUCCUCUGAACCAUGUGUGAAAUCUACCUUUGUAAGAUUCGGACAAAUCAAUUGGUCUCCCUCAUCUAUCUAAUGAGAGGAGAAGCCAUAGGGCCUCAUCUAUAUAAUGAGGGAAAAAUCAGCCAAAGAAUUAAUUUUUAUUCUAAAAGCACUUACUUGUCAGACUGAUCUGUUUGUAGCAGUUGUCUCAUUUUCACUCCGUGCAUUUUUUUUUUUUGAGACAUUUGUUGAGAACAUCCUACUUGGUGCUCCACUGUAUUUCUCCCUUUUAAUACCUAAUAUCUUGUUCUUAAAAUUUUCUGCACAUACAGUUUGCCUAAUACAACUGAGUUCAUAAUUGGAAUCUAAAAAAGCAAAAAUAGCUGUAUUUCAUUCUAAAUAGAUCACUUGCUACUGUUCACACCCCUUCCUUGAUAUUUUUUCUCUAGCAUGUAAUGCAUAUUAUUUCAGUUCAUUCUCAUUUGUUUUGAUUUCUAACCUGGGAGAUAUGAGAAUGAACUGUAAAUAUAGUUUGUAGUCAUAAAACAUUAUUAACCUAACCAUUAGAAAAUGCUAAUUAACUAUAAGCACACAGAAACAUGAAGUUGAUUAGUUAUUGUACCAUAGCCAGCAGUUCUGACAGUUGUUAAUAACAUGUUCUCAUAAUUUUAAAUAAAGUAUCUGGA